AAAUCUGUUUAAUAGUGAACAGUUGAGGGGACACUCGUGGUUGGUUACAAACAGCAACUGCUCAACUGGCAAAGAAUUCGGAUAAAACCACCCGAAAAAAUCUAGAAGAAGAAAGCAAACAUAAAAUACUAAAUAAAACAACAAAAUUCAAAUUCUAGUCAGAAACCAGAGAGCUUUUCUUUAUUUUCUUUUGGUAUUCAAAUCAAAUGACUUUUGAUUUUGGAAAAUUCUUCCAAGAAGAAUCUCUUCCUUUCAUCCAUUAUAUACAUUGCUUUGUUUCAAAGUCAUUAUCUUCUUCACUCUCUGCUUCAAAGGUUUAACUUGAAAUUCAAAGAUUCAACAACAUGAUGGAUGGCACACCAUUUCCUGCUUGGUCAAAAUCUGUGGAAGAAUGCUUGAAAGCUUAUAAUGUGAAGCUUGAAAAAGGUUUAUCUUCAUAUGAUGUAGAGAAACGACAUGAAAUUUACGGUUUUAACGAGCUUAAAAAAGAAAAAGGAAAACCGUUAUGGCGACUUGUACUCGAACAGUUUGACGAUAUGCUUGUCAAAAUCCUUCUGGUUGCAGCCUUCAUUUCAUUCGUUCUCGCAUACUUUGAACAAAAAGAAACCAACGAAUCUGCAUUCGAAGCAUACGUUGAACCAGUGGUGAUCGUUUUGAUCCUAGUUCUAAACGCUUUCGUGGGUGUUUGGCAAGAAAGUAAUGCGGAAAAGGCCCUCAAAGCGUUAACAGAGAUGCAAUGCGAGUCCUGUAAGACUAUGAGAGACGGGUAUUUGGUCCCCGAUUUGCCUGCUAGAGAUCUUGUUCCUGGAGAUAUCGUGGAGUUGCGUGUAGGCGAUAAAGUCCCAGCCGAUAUGAGAGUCGCAGUUCUGAAAACAUCAACUUUACGAGUUGAACAAAGUUCUUUAACGGGUGAAUCCGUUCCUGUUAUGAAGGGAACCCAGCCUGUUUUAGUUAAGGAUUGUGAUUUGCAGGCUAAAGAUAAUAUGGUGUUCGGUGGGACCACGAUUGUGAACGGAAGUUGUAUAUGCAUUGUCGUGAACACAGGGAUGAGAACCGAGAUUGGGGAAAUACAGAAACAAAUACACGAAGCUUCCAUGGAAGAAUCCGAUACUCCGUUAAAGAAAAAACUCGAUGAAUUCGGAAACAAUCUAACGACGGUGAUCGGUUUCGUGUGUCUCGCUGUUUGGGCAAUCAACUACAAAUAUUUCCUUACAUGGGAAACGGUUAACGGGUGGCCAACUAACCUCAAAUUCUCUUUCGAAAAAUGCACUUAUUAUUUCAAAACCGCGGUUGCGCUAGCAGUAGCCGCAAUUCCCGAAGGUCUUCCGGCAGUGAUCACAACUUGUUUGGCUCUCGGUACAAGAAAAAUGGCACAAAAGAACGCAAUCAUGAGGAAACUCGCUAGCGUUGAGACGUUAGGAUGCACGACCGUGAUCUGCUCUGAUAAAACAGGCACGUUAACCACCAACCAAAUGUCUGUGACGGAGAUUUUAACGUUCGGUGGGAAAAAGACGGCUCCGAGGAUGUUUCAUGUGGAAGGGACAACUUAUGAUCCUAAAGACGGUGGUAUCGUCGAUUGGAGCUGUUUCAAUAUGGAUGCUAAUUUGCAAGCUGUCGCCGAAAUAUGCGCUGUGUGUAACGACGCUGGUGUUUAUUAUGACGGUCGUGUUUUUAAGGUUACCGGUUUGCCUACUGAAGCUGCUUUAAAAGUGCUGGUGGAAAAAAUGGGAGUCCCCGACGUUAAAGCCCGAAAGAAAAUUCGCGGAUUGCAGAUUAUGGCAAACUAUUUGAUUGAUAACAAUAGUGUUAAGUUAGGGUGUUGCGACUGGUGGACUAAAAGAUCGAAGCGUGUUGGCACGUUAGAGUUGGACCGGAUUCGUAAGUCCAUGAGUGUUAUUGUCCGUGAGCCAGAUGGACAUAACCGAUUGCUUGUCAAGGGUGCGGUCGAGAGUGUGUUAGAUCGUAGCUCACGUGUUCAACUUGCGGACGGGUGCGUUGUAGAGAUGGACGAAUCGUGUAGACAACUAUUGCUUUCACGACAUGUGGAAAUGAGUUCAAAGGGGUUACGGUGUUUGGGUUUAGCUUAUAAGGACGAUCUUGGUGAGCUUUCAGAUUACAAUGGCGAGAACCACCCGAGCCACAAGAAACUGGUCGACCCGACUUGCUACAGUGCAAUCGAAACCGACCUUGUUUUUGUUGGAGUGGUUGGUCUAAGGGAUCCGCCUCGUGAAGAGGUGAAAUUCGCGAUUGAAGAGUGUCAUGGAGCAGGAAUAGAAGUUAUGGUGAUAACAGGAGACUAUAAGUCGACGGCUGAAGCCAUUUGUAUGGAAAUCGGAUUGUUUCACAAUGGUGAGGAUUUAAGAGGAAAAAGUUUUACAGGUAAAGAAUUUAUGGGAUUAUCCGGUUCGCAACAACGCAAUAUUUUGUCAAAACCCGGGGGAAAGGUGUUCUCGCGGGCUGAACCAAGGCACAAGCAAGAGAUAGUGAGGAUGCUAAAGGAGAUGGGUGCGGUCGUUGCAAUGACCGGAGACGGUGUUAAUGAUGCCCCUGCUUUGAAGCUUGCCGAUAUUGGAAUUGCUAUGGGGAUUACCGGAACAGAGGUUGCUAAAGAGGCUUCUGAUAUGGUUCUAGCCGAUGACAACUUUAGCACCAUCGUUUCGGCUGUUGGUGAGGGUCGAACGAUUUAUAACAACAUGAAAGCUUUUAUAAGGUACAUGAUAUCAUCUAACGUCGGGGAAGUUAUAUCCAUUUUCUUAAAUGCUGUACUCGGGAUACCGGAAUGCUUGAUGCCAGUGCAGCUUCUAUGGGUCAAUUUAGUUACCGAUGGUCCACCUGCUACCGCCCUUGGUUUCAACCCUGCUGACGUGGAUAUAAUGAAGAAACCGCCUCGUAAAAGUACCGACCCGCUCAUUGACUCGUGGGUCCUAUUUCGUUACUUGGUGAUCGGUUCUUAUGUGGGACUUGCAACUGUUGGCGUGUUUGUUCUAUGGUACACACAACCGUCAUUCAUGGGUAUCGAUCUAAUACAAGACGGGCACACACUUGUUUCACUAUCUCAGCUAAGAAACUGGGGAAAUUGCUCGAAUUGGCAGGACUUCACCGUGACACCAUUUACAGUCGGUAACAACCGAGUAAUCAGUUUCUCAAACCCGUGUGACUAUUUCACCACCGGGAAAGUCAAAGCAGUGACUUUAUCACUCUCGGUAUUAGUGGCUAUCGAGAUGUUUAAUUCCCUAAACGCCCUUUCGGAAGACAACAGUUUGUUAACGAUGCCACCUUGGAGGAACCCGUAUCUUCUUGUUGCCAUGGUGGUUUCCUUUGGGCUCCACUGUCUGAUUCUUUAUGUUCCAUUCUUAGCAGAUGUGUUUGGUAUCGUUCCUUUGGGUUUCGACGAAUGGGUUUUGGUCAUCUUGGUUUCAUCACCCGUAAUUCUUAUCGACGAGCUGCUGAAAAUUGUCGCAAGGAGUAGAAAAAGGACCGCAAAAGUAAAGAUAGCAUAAGUAUGUGUUUUAGUACCUUAUGUCAAAUAGAUUGUGCACGUUUUGUUUAAUCGGGUUUUGUAGAACAGUUUAUGCAACAAUUAGAUAAAAAAAUGUAAUUACGUCUGUGAUCAUACAUUAGCUAAAACAUUCAAAAAUAGUGGCAUCGUCUUCAUAA